AUGACAAAAUUAAUGGACAAAGAGACUAAAAGAUCAAUUUAUUUAAAGAAUAAUGAAAUAUAUAAUAAGAAAAUUGAAAUGUUUUUGAAAAAUCCACACAAGAUUACUUUAGUAUUGAAUAAAAUUAUAUCAGAUUUUAACAAUAAAUUCAGUGUUAUAGAACUUAGAGAAAAAUACAAUAACUUAAUAAAAAGAUUUAAAAAGCUUAAGUUGGAAUCACAUAAAAGUGGUAGUGGUGGAGUGAGGUAG